CAGACCAAGUAUGUCCUGUCAUCGGUCCGAAUGGGUGGACCUUGACAUCCGGCUGAGUCGCGAAUCCGCGAUAUUCGUUUCUCAUUCUCACACACACAGUGCACCGGGUGACGUAUCGGGCGUGAUCGUAGCGUGUCGAUGUCAAACCAAUUGAGGUUAAGUUUGUUUUAAUUUCAAAUUAAAUUAAAUAAAAAAGAAAAAUUAGAAACUAUGACGAUGCAAAUGGAGCUCGGAGGCGGGGGCGACAGCUACCAAAACACAAAAGUAAACGGAUCGGUAAAACUACGGGAAAAUGGUUUAAAAUGGUGCCAGGGGGUGAACAACGGUGAAAAAACUGCCCCCCCAAAGCAAUGUAAUAGGGCGUUAAAAGAGUCCUUCGAGCCGCCCCCCUUUAUAACCGCCAUGCUGACCCAAAUCAGUUUCUCCCUCAUCAUGUUGCUCAGCUUCAUCAGCCAGUUCUGCACAAGGUUCUUCUAUCCACCGAAAGCUAUCGAAGAAAGGGGACGUAGCAGUUACCCCCCAUUAUUCGACAGAUUUUCAAUGUUUUACUCGCGAUACGUGUACAGGAGAAUCCGGGACUGCUGGAACUACCCCAUAUGCAGCGUACCGGGCAGCGAAGUGACUUUAAAAGAUCGCGUAACGAACGACUGCGGCUGGACCUUCGAGUUCACUGGGUCCCAAACGAAAUGCUUAAAUUUGGCUUCUUAUAACUAUUUGGGGUUUGCGGAAAGUAGUGGACCGUGUGCCGAAGCAUCUAUAGACUGUUUGUAUAAGUAUGGAAUCAGUUCUGGGAGUACCAGGAGGAAAUAUGGGACAGUGCGGCCCCAUGAGGAACUGGAAUCACUUAUGGCCGAGUUUCUGGGGGUAGAUGAUGCUAUCACUUGUGGCAUGGGCUAUGCUACAAAUGCUUUGAACAUGCCAAGUAUUAUUGAGCCAGGGUGUCUUGUGGUUAGUGAUGAAAAAAACCAUGCAAGUCUUAUAUGGGGCAUUAAAGUCAAUGGGGCCACUUGUAAGGUUUUUAAGCAUAAUGACAUGGUGCAUUUAGAGGAAGUUCUUAGGGAGGCCAUCUACUAUGGUCAGCCAGGUGAUACUUACAAGCCUUGGAAGAAAAUAGUUAUUGUUGUUGAAGGUGUGUACAGCAUGGAGGGCAGCAUAGUGAAACUGCCAGAAGUGAUCGCCUUAAAAAAGAAGUACAAAGCAUAUUUAUACUUGGAUGAGGCACACAGUAUUGGUGCCAUGGGAAAACAUGGUAGAGGUGUAAUGGACUAUUUCCAAUGUGACCCAAAAGACAUUGAUAUCCUCAUGGGGACUUACACAAAAAGUUUUGGGAGUGCCGGAGGGUAUAUUGCAGGCUCCAAGGAGCUUAUAACAUAUUUGAGGGAGCAUAGUUUGGUUUCUGGGCAAGCUUGGGCAAUGUCUCCCCCUUUGGCUGCCCAAAUAAUUGCUGUCCUGAAGAUUCUGAUGGAGAAAGAUGGGACCAAAGAGGGCCAAAGGCGUAUCGAAGCUUUGGCAAGGAACACCCGGUAUUUUAGGACAAGGUUGAACCAGAUCGGGGUGAUUAUUCAUGGGAAUGAGGACUCACCCGUGGUGCCAAUUUUGGUUUAUUUGUACUCGAAAAUCGCUGGUAUGGUGAGAACUUUGAUAAAAGAGAAAAUUGCUACUGUGGGAGUGGGAUAUCCGGCCACCCCAUUGUAUGAGGGACGAAUUAGGAUUUGUUUGUCAGCAGGGCAUACGAAGGAGCAGCUUGAUUAUGCUCUGGAGGUGAUUGAAAAGGUUGCUGAUGAAAUUGGGUUGAAGUAUUCCAGGAAACCCAAGGAUAUGGUACCAAUUGAUUAUGAUAAAAUCAAGGUUUAUCAGGAUUAAUUUAGUUUACACCAAAUAUGAAGUCAGAAGAACACAAUGGAGCUUUAUUGCCUUAUUAGCUUAUACAACACUGAAUUUAUUUAUUUUUUUACACAUUUAGGUGGUGAUAGUUGGUUCAAACAGUAUAUUAUGUUAGUAUUUUUUUUUUAAUCUGUUGCCAUAUAAUAUUUUACUAUACUUGUCUUAGUCUGUUAUAUUUAUAAUUACAAGCAAAAAAUUCCUAUUGAAUAUACCUCUUACUUUGUUUAUAA